GUGGGACGCUCUCGCUCGCCAGCGUCAGCCAUGUUGUUGGUGUGACACACUGAACUGUCAGCAACAGGUCCUGCUCAGAUCAAGUGCGGCAGCUAAACUUUAACAUUUCCACAGCAUUUCACUGCUUUGUGAAGGUCACCAAACAUAUAACGCAGUUCCUGGAAACCUUCCAUGAGUGGCGAGGAGGAACUUAAGGGCCCUCGAAAGCUCAGAAGUGGAUAUAAUUUUGGCUGCGGUCAUUGAGAUGGCUGCGAGCAGUAGCUGAGAUCGCCACCAGGAGUUUCCCCUCUGUCUUUCUCUACCACCUGCAAAUAUGAAUGGUGGUCAGAGUAUUUGGGCAGUCACUCCAGAGGAGAGGAACAAACAUGAUCAGAAGUUUGACACCCUUUCCCCAUUAAUGGGCUAUGUCUCAGGGGAACAGGCAAAGAAGUUUUUCCUCCAGUCAGGGCUGCCUCCCUCAGUUUUGGCUGAGAUAUGGACAUUGGCUGACAUGAAUAAAGAUGGGAAGAUGGACAGACUGGAGUUUUCCAUAGCUAUGAAGCUCAUUAAGCUAAAACUCCAGGGAACACCACUCCCCUCAGCUCUGCCAAUCAUCUUGAAACAGCCACCUGUGCCUGUUCCCAGCCUCAUUAACCCAACCUCAACCAUGACCAGCUCACCCUAUGGUAUUGGUUCUGUGCCUAGCAUGUCUAUGAUGUCUGGAACAAACUUCUCCAUGUUGACCCCUAUCUCCAUGGCAACCCCUGGACUCUCACCAAUGACGGGUCCCACCCCUCUGGUUCCUGUAGCCUCAGGUCUGAGCCCUCUACUAGUCCCCACCACCAGGCCCCUGAUGCCCACUAUGGGAAACCCUUCACUGCCAAACGGCACCAUAGGAUUUCUGCAACCCAUCCCAGCUGGAAUGUCCUUAUCUCCGGCUUCAUCAUUGCUGGACCUGGGUUCUAGCAGCUCUGCCUCCUCAUCCCCCUCUAUGAUGUCACCCAUGGUUGGUGUUCCCAGCGACUGGGCUGUGCCACAUGCCUCCAGACUGAAAUACAGACAGCUGUUCAAUGGCCUGGAUAAACAGAUGACUGGAUACCUAACUGGCCAGCAGGUGAGAGGUGCUAUGGCCGCUACAAUGCUGACUCAGACACAGCUGGCCUCAAUCUGGACUUUAGCAGAUGUGGAUAAGGAUGGUAAGCUGAAAGCUGAGGAGUUCAUUCUGGCAAUGCAUUUGGUUGACUUAGCGAAGAGUGGGCUGCCACUGCCACUAACACUGCCAAGUGAGCUGGUACCACCCUCACUAAGGGGUGCCGUCAAUGGAUCCAGCUCUUCUCUCUAUGCAUCUCUGACUGAUGACUUUGACGUUGAACCUCCACAGAAAACCAGGACUAACCUGUCAUUUGAGGACAAAUUCAAAGCCAAUCUGGAGCGAGGUAACGCAGAACUGGAGAAAAGACGACUGGCGUUGAAGGAGGCGGAGAAGAGGGAGCUGGAGCGGCGUGCACAAAAGGAGAGAGAGGAGCGAGAACAGAGAGAGAGGGAGGCCCGAGAGGCAGAGGAGAGGAGGAGGAAAGAAGAGGAGAGGAGGCUAGAGCGACAGCGGGAGCUCGAGAGGCAGAAGGAAGAAGAGCGACAGAGAGAGAUAGAGAGAAAAGAGGCUGCACAGCGGGAGCUUGAGCGCCAGAGGAAGGAGGAGUGGGAGAGGAGGAGACGAGGAGAGCUCCAGAUAAAGAAGGAGCAGGAGCGGGAUGAUAUCGUCCAACUGAAAGCUAAGAAGAGGAGUCUGGAGAUGGAACUGGAGGCCGUGGGUAACAAGCAUCGACAGAUUUCCGACCGGCUGCGUGAUAUUCAUAAUAAGAAGAAGCAUCAGAAGACGGAGCUGGAUCUGGUCAAUCAAAGGAAAGAGACUCGUCAACAAGAUAUUAACAACUUGCACAAACAAUAUGAGGAGUCCCAGAGGAAGUUCUCUCAGCUGACUCCAGAGAAGAACAGACUCUCGGAGAAACUCAAAAACAUGUCACUGAAUAACUUACCUGUGUCCACCAUGUCCACGCUGACGAUGACACUUUCAGAGAAAAGAGGGACGUGUAUGAAACUGCAGGAGAAGCUGGGAGCUCUGGAGAAAGAGACUGCUGCCAAACUGGCUGAGAUGGACCAGUAUAACAAAAACAUGCAGGAUCUAAGAGAGGGCCACACAAAGCAGCUGGCAGCAUUAGAAAAACUUCGAAGCAUCAAAGAGGAAAAACGGUGUGAAUUGAUUCAAAGAAAGGAGCAAGAAGAGAAGAAGAAGCAACAGGAGGAAAUGAGACGGAAGGAGGAGGAGGAAGCUCAAAGACGUAUCAUGAUGGAAAAGGAGCGUCAGUGGCAGGAGAAGCUGAGGAGGGAUGAGGAGGAGCAUCAGAGGAGGCUCCAGGAGGAGAGAGAAGCCAAAAAGAGGGAGGAAGAGGAGAAAGAGAGGCAAGCUCUUAUCCAGGCUGCAAAGGAGCAGGCCGAACGAGAGCUCAGAGCAAAAGAGGAGGCAGAGAGGAAGAAAAGAGAGGAAGAGGAGCGUCUGAGGCUUGAGCGGAGGAAAGAAGAGAAAAGGAAGAAAGACGAAGAGGAGCAACGUAAAAGAGAAGAUGAGCGGAGGAGGUUAGAGGAGGAGAGGAGACAGCUGGAGGAAGAGAGGAGGAAACUGGAGGAGGAGCGCAGGAAAGAGGAGAAAAGGAAGAAAGAACAAGAGGAGCACCGCAAGAGAGAGGAAGAGAGGAAGAGGUUAGAGGAGGGGAGGAGAGAGGAGCAGCGCAUGAGGGAGAAGGAGGAGGAAGAGAGGAGGAGACAGAGGGCGGCUGAGGCCGCCAUCCGAGAUCCAGAGGAGAGAAGAAAGCAAGAGGAGGACGAAAGGAGGAAGAGGGACCAGGAGAGGAGGAAGCAUGAGGAGGAAAGGAUGGAAGAAGAGAGGAAGAAGAAGAAGGAGGAAGAGGAUAGGAGGAAAGCUGAGGAGGAGAGAAAGAGGAAAGAGGAGGCAUCUCGUCAGCAGCAGCAGCCGAGUGGAGGAGGGAAGGUGGAUAUUCAGGAAAAACUGACGGCUCUGCUAAGAGGGCUGGAGGAGAGGAAAGGUGGUCAACCUAGAGUCAAACACCACAGGAAGUCGGCUGCUCUCACUUCCUUCAAAGCACUCUACCCCUUCACUGCACGCAACAAUGAGGAGCUCACUUUCAAUGCAGAUGAUAUGAUUGAGGUUGAUGAGACGGCAGAGCGGGAGGAAGGCUGGUUGUAUGGCAGCAAACAAGGGAAGAUGGGUUGGUUUCCAGAGAGCUAUGUCGAGAAAGUGGCCCCGUCUUCUAAUAAUGCUCCUGCUCCUGUUCCUGCUGCUACUGCUGCUGCUGCUCCCCCUCCGACUCCAGCUAAAGUGCCACUCCAGUCACAGCUUUCCAAUGCUCUUGAGGCUGCAAAGGUUGCAGGCACCAAGUCUGCUUUCACACCAACACACUCUCCAAAUCUUGCACCCUUAGAGACGCACGGACAGCAGGUGGUGGGGAACCUGCUCGCUCAGGCCCUGUGUUCGUGGACGGCAAAGACGGACAACCAUCUGAACUUCAACAAGGAUGAUGUGAUUCAGGUGCUGGAGCAGCAGGAGAACUGGUGGCUGGGAGAACUGAACGGUGAAAGGGGCUGGUUCCCCAAGACAUAUGUUACACUGUUGGGAGACGAAGAGAGUUCUGACAUGAAGAGCUCCCCUCCUAAUGCAGAGUCAAGUGACAGCCAGCAGCUUGAAGAAUUUGUGGCACUGUAUACCUAUGAGUCGCCAGAACCCGGUGAUUUGACGUUCGGAGAAGGAGAUGUGAUCUUGGUGAGCAAGAGAGAUGGAGAGUGGUGGAGUGGCUCUAUCGGUGACCGGACUGGCCUGUUCCCCAAUAACUAUGUCAAACCUAAAGAGGCAGAUACGGCGAGCAUGUCAGGAAAGAAGAAGCAAGAAGUCUGCCAGGUCGUUAGAGCCUACUCGUCUACUGGCAACGAGCAGCUUAAUCUGGAAAAUGGUCAACUCAUCCUCAUCCUUGGCAAGAACGCCUCUGGGUGGUGGCUCGGAGAACUGCAGGCCAGAGGUAAAAAGCGACAGAAAGGCUGGUUCCCUGCUGCUCAUGUCAAAAUGUUGGGACCCAACAGUGGCAAGUCCACGCCAGCACCUCAGCCAGUCUGUCAGGUGAUCGCCAUAUAUGACUACGCCGCUGCCAAUGAGGAUGAAAUGAGCUUCUCCAAAGGUCAGCUGAUCAAUGUUUUUGACAAGAAUGACCCUGACUGGUGGAAAGGAGAGAUCAAUGGGGUUACUGGCCUGUUCCCCACCAACUAUAUUAAGAUGACCACGGCGGACUGUGACCCCAGCCAGCAAUGUAAGAAAACCUCCUAAUCAUAACUAACAUGAUUGUGCAUGGACGUAAAUAUGAAAACAAACUUUGCUUUAAUGUCCUUUCUAAACCUUUGUUACCAAUUCUUAUCAUGCUGGUAAUCACUGCAGUCGCCGUCUGCCAUCAAUGAUGUUGAUCUUCCACACACGUCUUCAUCCCUUC